AAACAUUUUUCAAUCUUUUUCAUUUCGAGUGAAUGGUUGUUAGCGGAGUAUUUAAACCAAAAACUGAAUUAUUUUUAUAAUGAAUAACGAAGUAACGCCAGAAAGUGCUCCACGCGAGGCUAAACAGACAUUUCCGACUGAUUCCGGACCAGAGCACAUACCAGAAUCAAAGCAGGAUCAUGAAAAUGAUGGCCCUUCCGAAUGUGAUUUUGCGCGCAUACCAGAGGCUCCUGGAACGCCAGAAUCUGAGCCCAUUCGACUAGCACUUUUGCCACCCGAUCAUCCUCUCUUGGCAAAGUUUCAAUCAAACUUGAAAGAAUAUCUGUUGCGUACGAAGGAGCAACUAAAGAAUGAGAUCGCCGAAAUCAAAUAUCAACUCAAAUUGAAAGAGGCAACACGCGAGGAGCAGGGUGCAAAGCUAUAUGACUUGCAACAAGGUAUUAAUCGCCAAAACGAGCAGCUGGAAGAUUAUGGGCAAGAAAUACAAACAAAUAUGCAGAAACGUAUGGAAAUGGAGGGCGCUGUUGCACAACUCAAGGAGGAGUACGAACAGCGUUUGCAGCUUAAGAAAGAACAAAAACAAAAUUAUAACAAACGUAUGGUCGAAUUGGAGAGCAUGAACACCUUGGAGGGGCAUAUACGCAAUUGGGCCGAUGAGGUGGAAGAUGAAGUGAAGAAUGCCAAGCGUAUCGUAAGUCGAGAUACACAACUGCAGAAGCAACUAUCCGAAGAGAAAAAGAAAUCCGAUAUGCUCUUUUACCACUUGGACAUGGAAGUUAAGAAGCAGGAAUAUCAAGUCGAGAUAAUGCGCAAUGAAGUGCAAGAAAUGCGCGGCGUAACCGAUACGCUGAAGAUGAGCAUUAGUGAUGCGAGCACCGACUUGGAAGUCCUACAAAAUGAGCAUAAACGUCUGACUCAGGCAUGGAGCGAGGUGAUAGUGGCCAUACAACACCGCGACAAAAUUGUCUAUCAAACGCAUAAGGCAAUGAGCAAGGCACAAGAGUCCAUUAAAUUAAACACCAGGAGCAUUGAGGCUAUCAAAAAGCAAAUUGCGAAUGAAACGAAAAUAAAUGAAAAAUUAGAAGUCUUUAAAACAAGACUUUUAACCGACUGCGGAAAUCUCAAACGCGAAUGUCAAAAGCAAUCCGACACGCUGCUUUCUCUGCAAACCAAGCUCGAAGAGCUUCCGCUUUGGUUAGAGCAAAACGAAAAGGAUUUGACCGAAGCUAAUCGAGAAGGCAACAAUUUGGGAACCGAAUUGCGAAGAUUGCAAUGGAAAAUCGAUAAACUUAAUGCCAAGAAAUACGAAAUGGAGGAGAACAUGUUGAAAUUGGCGCAAGAAGAUCUGAUUACGGAUAAAGCGAGCCAAUAUCGUUUGAAACUGUUACGCGAAGCACAAGAGACCCGCAGAAGUACUGAAUUAAACUUGGCCAUAGUGCAAAACCAACUCUCCGACAUACUUCUCGAAGCAGAGCACUACAGAGGCAUAUUGAUUAGGAUGAAUCAGGAACAAGAGGAGCUACGAAAGAAAUUAGACAAUGCUGAGCGCAACGCAGAUCUCAUUUCUGCCGAGACACGUACAAUCGAAACACAAAUCGAUAUAAAAUUGAAAAAAGUUGACCGCUUGUCAAGUCGUAUCGCUUAUCUGACCGAAUUGGGCGAAGGAGAGGGAUUGCACGCAGCAAGCAAGAAGAUAAAAAUGCUGGAAAAGGCUAUAUCAUCCAUGGAGCAGCAAAUACGUGAAUUACAACAAUUUUGGCUAAUGAUGCAAAACCACUACGUUAAUCUCACGGAAAAGCGCAAUAAUCAACUUAACGAAAUACAGGUGACACAAAAACAAUACGGUAUAGUAAAGCAAAAGUCCCUGAAGAUCGACAUAGAUCUAGAAAAGCAAGAAGAAGCCACAAAAGAACUGGAGCGUGACAUACAAAUGUUCCUAACCAAAUUGGAGCUAUUGAAUAAAAAGAUAAGCAAAGCACGUCUACAGCAUGACACUAAAGAAAAUGAAUGCCAAUUGGAGCAUACUGAGCUGGUUCUAAAACUGAAGGAUCAUGAAAUGAACGUUUUGAAUAUGGAAUCCGAAAUCGAUGAACUACAGGACGAAAUCGAGCAUUACAAAGAUCUGGUCUUAGAUAAACAUCGUGAAUCGCUUUCGUGGGAGACCAAGUAUAAACUCAUCGAAGAGGCCUUGCGUUGGCACAAGGAUGAAACAAGUGAUUCGAGUGAAAUUGGUAAUAUGAAGUCAGAGAUACAUCGCAUGAAGAUACGUUUCCAACAGUUGUCACGCGCUCAAGAGAAGCUUGCUCAAGAUUUGCAGCAUGGUGUGGCACAUCGUGAGCACAUCUAUGUCGCCGCUUCGGCAAAGAAGCUCGCCGAAGUCAAAGCGCAACGUUUGAAAACCGGUAUUUCCUCCGAGCAAAAAGUUAUCGAUCUACGUAAUCGAUUGAAAAAGAUGCAAAAUGAGAUCAACACCAUUAGUGACGAGCAGCUCGUGAAAGUAACUCGCGAAAAUGAACGAAUUCGUGCCGAACUAAGUCGUUUAUACAACGACAUUGAACGUGAAAAAACAAAAGAUGAAGAAUUUCGUCAGAAGAUUGAUGAGAGCAUGCUGUUGAAACAUUUCAAUUUAGAUCGCAUUGUACGCAAACAAAAUCGUGCAAAGUCAUAUCGGCGACUAGGAGUAGGUUCUAGCGUACCGAAAAUGCGUUCCGAAACGACAAUAGGUCAGCUGGUGCAAAAGCAAAUGGAAAUAAAUGACAACCUCCUAGACGUAGUACAGAUAUUGACCAACGAGUUUCCAGAGAAGAAAAAAUUCUUUGCCAAAAUAACACAGGUCCUUAGGGAUUGAAGAGAACAGCAAAAAUUCUACCACCAGUUUAUUUUGUAUUAAUUUUUUAUGUCUUCUAAGAGAUCAGACUUUAUUUUUUCGCAAAUACUUAUAUUUUGGAUAUCGAAGUUAUUGAAAAUAUAGAAAUAAUGAAAAC